AAUGGCUCCUACCUAAGAGUUCAAACCUCUAACCCAUUUCUUAAGACCAUAAUAUGUUUACUUGUCUUUGGCAAGUUUAGUGUUUAUUCAUGUGUUGACACUAAUUACAGAGGUUCCUGCAGGUGUUUAAUUAGUUGUUUAAUCUUUGGCUUGUCUCUAUAUUGGAUCAAUGGCAACAUCCAAAAUAAAAUUAAAUAAAUGUAUGGAUUAAGAUAUAAAAUAGAAAAUAAUAAAUUAGAAAAGGAAGAGAAAUAAUAAGAAGAUAAAAUGACAUAAAAAGAUGCUUUAUAAUUUCCAAUCUAUUUAUCUGCAUAUUUAUUUGGACUCUAUCUUUUAUUAAAAUAUUUAGAUGAAGCAAUUCUUAAGACAGCAAUAACUUUAUUUUUUUCUGCAGUAGGAGUAAUGAAAUUAAAUAAAUAUUAAAGGUCUUAUGUUUAAUGGGAAUAAUAGAAGAUGCUAUUGAAAGAUUAUUCCCUAUUGAAUAUUCAACUAAAAUAGUAAUAGAUAAAAAGAUCAACUUAAAUCUUAUAUUGACAAGCAAAGAUAUAGAUAUUAAAUUAACUAAAUUGAACUUCAUAUCAUUGCUUAUUUCAAUGCUUCCCUUGGGUAUUUAUUUAGGAUCUAAGAAUUGGAUUUGUAACAAUUUGUUUGGUAUUGCAUUUACAGUUUCAGGAGUUGCAAAUUUUACAGUAAUUCCAAAUUUCAAAGUAUAUUUAAUUUAUUAUUAAGAUUGCAUAUUUAAUGCUUUGGGGACUCUUUUUUUAUGAUAUUUUCUGGGUUUAUGGAACUGAUGUGAUGGUUACAGUUGCAAAAUCUAUUGAUGCUCCAAUUAAAUUAUAAUUUCCAUUUACUGCCUUAGAUGAUGAUGGAAAUCCAUUUACAAAAUACAGUAUUUUAGGUUUAGGUGAUAUUGUUGUACCUGGUAUUUUUGUUGGAAUGUGUCUUAAAUAUGAUGUUGAUAGACAAAUUGAAAAAGUAAAAAAGAUUUCAGAAAUCAAUAUUACUUAUUUUUCAUGGUGUUUUGUAGGUUAUGCUAUAGGUAUUGUAACUACUUUGGCUGUUAUGAUUUUAUCAGGUCAUGCUUAACCAGCAUUAUUGUUUUUAGUUCCAGGAUGCACAUUAAGUGUUUUAAUUAAGGCUUAUCUUGAUAAAUCUCUUCCUCAAUUUUGGGCUUAUGAGGCAGAACCAGAGAAGCCAGAUGUUCAAACAUCAUCUAAUACAGAACCUAUUAAAAAUAAAUGAU